UAAGCCGCUGAAGUUCAGCUGAUGAUGUCGCUAUGUCAAAAUGAAGCGCGGGAAAAUUUUCAUAGACUGAUACUGGAGUGAAUUACUUCACAUGACAGUUAUAUAAUGAACUACAGAAACGUGUAGAUGUUUAUUAACUGCUUCAGAUAUCAAGAGUCAGUGAGAGGAAUACAACAAAUAUGAUGUUUGUGAAAGACAGAAAUCCCCGAAAGAUAUAAUUUUAUGUUUCCUUUAAACAUCGCUGUGCACAAAAAGGAUACGAACACAAAUAAGAUUGCAGCAGGAUUAUUUGUGAGACAUUUUAAGCUAUUCCUCUGUUACGACCCGAAGGAUAACUAGCAUGAUUAUGGACGGUGUGGACACAUUAUCGCAAAUAAGUUUUGAUUCUCAACUGGCAUUUCAUUUUGAUUUCAUAAAGAGCGCUCUUUCAGCAGAAACGACGAGUGGUUCCCGUUCUAGCGGGGGGGCCGUCCCUUCCCAAUCGGAUCUCGAAAGCGAGAGGGGGGACGACCCCUCAAUUACCUCUUUACUAUCCCUUUUCAUUGGUGAUUUCAACCCCGAUACUGACACAGGAGAAGAAGUGGAAGAAGAGAAACCUCAAGGAGCUAUGUUUCCAAGUACUCUUCCUCAACAGUCAAAUGCGAAUCAAAGCAUUACGUAUCGGGGAUCUUUCACCACUACAACACGAACGGCACCCUCCGGGGACAGCACCUCCAUGGUAAGUGCCUGGUUCAAUCCAGAGAAAGCCUUUUCUCUGAAUAUUUUGCCCCAGCAAUCAGUUCAAGGACUUACAGGCUUAGGUGCUUCCAUUUCGAACCUUGGGCCUUCGUCCGUACCAUCUACCUCACAGUACACUGCAUCACCAGCAGCUAGUCCUUUUGAGACAAGCGAGACAGCUACUGCCGAAUCAGCUUUCUCUCUAGACAGCACGACAGAUCCCACACAACAAGAACUGCUUUUGCAACUAAGUGUUUCAUCCCAGUUUGAUCCAUCAACUUUCGUUGUAAAGCAGCCACCUGUAUACAGUUCCUGUUCCAGUCACACCAUCACAUCAUCUGAUGCUUUAUUAGCUGGAGGUUUCUCCACACAGUCCCUUCUUAAUAACAGCACAGAUGAAUUCUUCGAAAAAUCUCAAGCACAUUUCUAUCCUAAGUACCAGUGGUCAAAUUUUCAAACCUCUCUGACUGAAUUUUGCAUUUCUAAUGGUACAGAUGCUCCUCCGAUGGAUCCUGGCCCAUCGGUUACAAAUUUACCAUCAAAGUUGGAAUCUGAUAUUGGAAUUGUUGCACACAGUGUAGCUACUCUUGCUGAAUAUAACCAGUCUACAAGCAAAGGACACGAAAUAUUGAAUCAGGCUUACCAAAAUAGUCCUGUACCUUUAAAACUUUUACCCGUGAAACCUCGAAAAUACCCCAACCGACCUAGUAAAACGCCAGUUCAUGAGCGACCAUAUGCUUGCCCUAUUGAUCCUUGUGACAGAAGGUUUUCACGAAGUGAUGAAUUAACCAGGCAUAUUCGAAUUCACACGGGACAAAAGCCCUUCCAGUGUCGCAUAUGUAUGAGAUCUUUUAGUCGUUCUGAUCACCUCACAACUCACAUACGCACCCAUACUGGAGAGAAACCUUUCUCUUGUGAUACCUGUGGUCGUAAGUUUGCCAGAAGUGAUGAAAAGAAAAGGCAUGCAAAAGUGCAUUUAAAACAGAAGACUAAAAAAUAUGGCAGGUCGGGAAACUCAUCAAAUGACAACACUGGAGAAGGUCCUGGCUCUAAUUCUAGCAGUUGUGUUUCACACCAGGGUCCUAGUUGCCCUUAGAUAUAUACAUAAAAUGAUGUUUAUAUUUGUUUUUGUGUUUGCUACGUGAAUGGAUUUUAAAUUUUAAUAUCAUAAAAGUAAAAAGUCUUUACUUUCCGUUAAUUUAGCUAAAAUGUUAGCCUGAUAUAGAGAAAAGAAAAAUAUGUUUGGUUAUGAAUUAUCUCCUUAAUACUAUUGGUAUGUGAAACUGAUUUUAAAAUUGGGUAGCAGUUUAACGAUUAUCAUUGCCAUUGAAUAAUAUCUCUCAUAAAUAUGGCGCCGUAUACAAUCUGAACAAAUUUCAUGUUUAAAAAUAUGUAAUUUUGCAUCGAAAUAUAACACAAAUUAAAAUAUUUUUAAAUUUAUCAAGUUCAAUUAACUAAUCCUAAAAUCUUACUGAAACCAAGUGUAUUUAUUUUUUGCUCUGUAUAGCAUAGUUGAUACAUUGUUAUGCUGAUAAAGAGCGAAAUGUGUAUAUGUACAUACACAUGUAUAACAAAAGAGCACCUUGUAUAUAUAUUUGAUGGCAGGAAUCUAUAAAAAGAGCGAAAACAAAGUAAAUGGAAGGAAACAGUAAGAGUGAAUAUAAUAAAAAUAAAAAUAACUUUUCUACAAAUUAACUUUUGCUGAUUCUCAGAUAUGUUACUCCUAAAUGGUUUCAGUAAAAUGGAAAUGACGCUUGCUAAAAAAAUGUUACUAUUAAUAGUUUUAAGUCCGAGAAAAUAAAAAGAAAACAAAAAGAGGCUUGAAAAAGGAUUUCGUUUAUUAAUAAAUUUAACUAUUAUUAUUUCUCAUUUUACAUUUUGAAUUUGUCUUCAUUAUUACUAUCACUGUUGUUGCCACAGAACUUUCACUUUAUUUUCUUUCAUGUAUAAUGUUUCCCUUCACUUUACUUUCCAGUUGCUAUUGUUUUCGCUCUUUACCAUCACAUGCACAUGUUUUAAAUAUGAUAAAUACUGCAAUAAAUCUUCCUUAGAAAAUUUUUAAUUCAAUUUAGAACGACUAAAUUGAUAUAAAAACGACCUUAAAAUUGAUUUCAGCAUAGGAUCAACUUCAAUAAAAAUAAGUCGCUACGUAAACUAGCAUACAAUGUAUUGUGUCCGAAGAGUAAGUCUAGUUUAAAUGUUUCAGAAAUCUUACAUCUGAGGUGAAACAUAAGUUUCACUUCAAACUUCUUUGCUUUCAGCGUAAUACAUACUAUAUAAAAUCUUGAAAUAUUGAAAAUAAUAUGUAUUAUAUUAGUUUUGAAAGUAAUUUCGGUUUUCAUUAUAGCACACAUAAUUGCCGUUAUUGCAAUAUUUAUAUCAGAUCAACUGUUUUUGUUAAAACACAUCUUUCAUCUAAAACUCACAAAUCUAACUGAAAGAGCUUUAUGAAUCUUAAAUAUUUCUUCAGUCACCAUAGCUUAAUGCAGCACAAUCAGUCAGAGGUACAUGUAUCACUGGUGCAGUUAAAAUAUACGAGCUGUUGAGAUGCUUUCAUUUGAAAGUAUUGUUAAAAUUUUUCUAAUGUGUUCUUUACUUUUGAAGCGAAUUGUAAAUAUUAAAUUUGACUCACUGUGCUAAUGCAUUCAGAUACCCCUGCUAGGAAAUUUCGUUAUAGAUGUGUUCGUUAGCUUACAGAUUUAAUUACUAUCCUACUGUUACUCUACAAACAAAUCGUCCAAUAUUCCGUCCCAGAUUUUGCAAGACCUUUGUCUAUGUGCCCAGUUUAUACGCUCCGUCCUCAACGUUAAACUGCGAUAUUCGUUCGUGUUUGUAUCAGCCCUAAGCAUUUUUUUAAUAUGCAUCCCCAGCAAAACAAAGCAUCUCUUCCUAGCACAGACCCCGAGAUGCAUUUCACUUUUUUAUUUUAAAAUUUGUAAAUUAUGUAAAUUCAUAAAAUUAUUUAUCAAAUAAUACCUUGAUCGGAUUAAACUUUAGCUUAUUGCAAAUGAUAACACAUUUACUGCGUUCAAGUUUAAAGUUUAAAGAAACUCUAAACUUUUAAGAAACUUUUUAUAUUAAAACCAAAAAUGUUUCGAAUGAAUGUUUCCUCAAUAAAUUUUUGUACCACUUAAGUAAAGAAAAUUUCUUUCCAAAAGUAUUUUUAAAACAUUCAAAUAAAUAAUAAAAAUUUGCAUUGCCUCCGAAAAAAGAGCUCUUAAUAAUAAAUUCUGUAAUAAACUGAUUAUUAAUUUACCAAAGCACAUGAAACUGUUAUUAUUAAAUUUACACAUUACUAUAAAUAAUUUUUAAACUUGUUAGGAUUCGUUGAAAAUGGUUAUAAUCUAUUCUUUCAUCACUGUUCAGGCUAUUUAUUGCAGUAUUUAUCGCAGCUUGUCAUUUGUAUAUAUUAUCACUUGCAUGUCAAUAUAUGUGUAUAUAAUUUGCAGAAAACUUUUUGUGUGUUACUUUUUGCCUGGAAUGUAUAAAACAAUCUUUAUAACUUUUUAACUAAUUGACUUUAAAAUUUGUGCCAUACAUAACUCAUGUAAAUGUACAUUGUGUCAUAUGUUAUUCAUAUUAGAGUAUACCGUGCCAUUAAUAAUUCAUGGACAUCAAAUAUCAUAUGAAUAUCAAAUCAUUCACAAUUAAAUCUCUCAUAGGGAUAUUUCAUGAUUUUCGUGCCAUGCAUGAAGAUGUCCGCUUAUAACUAACGGAGAGAAAAUUUGUUAAAUAACAUUUCAUUUUAAGAUUAAUAUACCCUAACGUUUUGUAUUAUAUCUUGUUUUUAAAUAGUUUAUAUACUAUUAAGUUUACAGAAGAUUUUAACAUUUUCAGUGUUGUUUGUUUACUCAAUUCCAGCUUCAAUUUCACGUACGUCAGUACUUGCUAAGGUUUAUUUCUCCAAGUACCCAAAUGCAAGUUUUAUUCCUAAAUAUUAUAUAUCUGCUCACUAGUAGAUGUAAGUGUAUUUUUGUAAAUUAAUAUUUUGCUUUAUAACUUCUAGUUGCUGUUGGUUUUCUGCGUGCACUGAGUUUAUUUAGACUGUUACGGAGUGUGAUAUUACAUUAAUAAUAAAUAUUUAUAAAAGUUUAUUGUAUGUACGAGACUUAAGUGCGUAUUUUGGCAGCUUAUAGAGAAAUAAAUAUUUGAUACUGACUCGGAAAUUAGUUAAAUUAACGUCAAAUAUCUUUUUGUACGAAAGCAAAAAAAGACUCUAGUUAAAGGGCUCUUUUUACCGCGAUAAAUCAGUGGCCUAAAAUUAGGGCAACUUCUUUUCUUCAUGCUAUUAUUUAAAUAGCGCGAAGUUUCACUGUGAUAAUAAAACAUUUUAUUGCAUAAUAAAUGGAAAUUAGAUUAGAUGCUGAAUGCAUAGUCAUUUAUUCAAAAAAAAAGUUAAAUUUUGAUACAGACGUAGAAAAAAGUUAUAAAAAAAAGAAAUACAAGUUAAUAAACAUUAGACAGAGAUUUUUCUUUACGAAAUUUUGAUAAGAAUGUAAUUUUUCGAAAUUUAUAAUAAUUUUGCAACGUUCUGAUAACUGAGAGUUUUGGAUGACAAGAUGAUUAUGUCUUUUCGGGGACAACGGCAGCUUGAUUAGCUUGAUGUUUUCAGUACCCUUUAAUAUAAACCAUUUAAAUUCUGAAGAGAACUCUUUUGGAAGAUGCUUACACUGUAGAGUUAUGGGUAAUUGUUUCACUGAAAAUAAAAUUAAAUAUAUUCUUAGAAUUUUUUCAGAUGAAUAGAAAUUUUCUUAAAUACGUUUAAUACGUCGUGCGUAUUCUAAAUAAUCAACCAAUUAACUAAGUAUUUACCCCUGUUUGAUUGCUGAAAUUUUAUUAAAAAUGCUCUUUUUCGUGUUUUGCAAUUAAAUAGAAUAUGCACAGCAGGAAAUUUCCUAUUGUGAUUAUGUGGUUUCAUUCCCUUAUCCGCAUCAUUCAUGCAGGAAUAUUUGUGAAAGUAAUUUAGGAUAGCUAGUAUUUUAUAAUGAAUAACGCAUAUUAUAAUGACAUUUUAAGAAUAAACUGCUAUUUUUAUAUUUCGUGAUAUAUACACAUCAUGCUAUGUUAUCUCACUCGUUCACCAUUCGUUUCAGUUUUCAGAAACUUAUAAUGCAUAUGAUUUAUUAUAAUGUUUGUGACUGUCUUUUAAUAUGUUUAUUGUAUAUUUUGUAUGUAAAAUGGCUCCUAUUGGAUCCACCAAUCUACAGUACCGUAAGAGUGCAAUAUAACUUGAGAAUUCUUCGUUUGUUAAAAACUUACCCGGUAGAUAGAAAAGAACCUAAAUUCUAAUGACAUUUAGGACUUUUUCAUAAGUUCCCUUCUUAUAUAGUCAUCGAUGAAGAGCAUAGAUAUCUGGACAGGGGCAUUUAAAAGCCAAGAAGUGAAUUUUGACGUCAUUUGAACUUAAAAGCACAUCCAUGAGGUAUAAAUUUAUAAUGGCAUACAUGUUUUAUAUUAAAUUGUUGCUGUUAAAGUGUUGAUGAUAUAAAUAAUAUAUAUAUUAACGUUAUAUUUGUGAAUAUAUAAAGCAUGAUUUGAUCUUCGUGGAAAAAUUCCGUAAAUAUUACAUCAUUUAUAUAAAACAGCUAAUCUCUCUUGAGAUUAUAAAUACGUAAGUGCUGAAUUCAAUAACUUAAAAAUUAAAUUUCACGAGGAUCAGAAAAUGCCUUUUAUCUAUAAUUUAAAAAAUUAAACAUGGUUAUUUGCAAGAGAAAUUUCAUCCAUAUAAAUGAUUUAUUAGAUGAUUUGUUCCCUUUUAGCUCUACACAAAAGCAUGCAAUUUUCAUCAUUAUAAUAAGAUUACAAAUAUACAAUAAAUUUUGUUAUAAUUCGCUUAACAUACUGCAAUUCGAUUUGCAAGAUGAAAUAAGAUCCAUCAGUUUAGGUAAUAUAAUUACAGAAUUUAGUACAAUUUAUAAUGCAAAGCACAGGUAAACGUCAUAUCUACUAAACUGAAUUCUGUAACCAAAUAUAAUAUUCUGCAUCGAAAGUUUGUACCUGACGUAUCGUAGCUUAUUUCAGUAGUUCCUUUAAAAUCAAUCAAUUGUAGCCGUUAUUUGAUUACCGGAAGCAUUUUUAAAAACCACAGGCGAAUUUAAAAAAUUCACUGUAUGGAUCUAUUAAACUUAUUUAUUUUUCAAAAAUAUUCAUUCGUAUUUAUUUUACUACUUUCUUUAUUAAAUUUCUUUGCAUUAACUGCUUAAAAAGGAUACCAGUGGGACAAAUUUCUGUCUAAUUAAAUUAUAGAUUCAGUAUACAAUAACCUCUCCUAGGUCGCAUUUAUUUAAUUUUUUGAUAUUACCUAUUUUCGUUUCAGAUUAACUUUAUCGUAAAAUAGUUUUGAAAUAAGUAAGAACAUCCUAUGAAUUUAUAAAACAAUUUCUUAUAUUUUAAGUAAAAUAAAUAACAUGGUUGGCCAGUUAAAGAGUUUUUUUAUAUAUAUCUUAGGGCUUAUAUUGAGCCCAAUGGAUACAAUUUUAUUGCUUAUGGUAAAAUUCCUUACACUAAUAUCGAAUAGAUGGCUUAGACUGUGGUAUUCUUUCAAACCUUUUUAUUUAGAAUUAUGUUCAAAGUUUACAGUGCGUCAGCUUUAUUAAAGAACCAUUUUUCCUAGUAACAUAUAUAAUUUAAAAAUAGAGAGGGCUAGAUCUUUUCAAAAGCAAUAUUUGUGAAUUUAUUUACCUGGCAUAGCAGCCAUAAAACAUUAAAAAAUAUUGUUGCCUUUAAAUCCAGAUUUUCCUAUCUACAACUCCAUUUUUGAGCCGUCUAAAUGUUUAACAUUUAUGUAUUAUACUUUAUUAAACUUUACGUUUGUUGUAAUACUCUUUUUGGUCUUCUUACUACUCAUGAGCUUAACUAAGAAGCAUGUUGACGUUAUCACGUUGUUUUAUACGAUGAAAGUACCCAUGCGAGAAGCAUGGUAAUUUAAUAGAGAUGUUUUAAUCCUUCUAUCAUGUUUCUAAGUUACUAACCACAGUGCCAACAAAUAGUUAUAGUUUCUGUAUAUUUUUCAUGUGUUCCCCAAUGAUAGUCAUUUCUACGAAAUAAACUUAAGCUACUUAGUCAAUAGUUUAAGUUAUAGUCUUAAAAACACUAAAAUAACAGCAAAAUAAUUUUGCUAUUGUGGCCGGACUAAAAACGUUUCAGGGUGGGUAGUGCCAUAAUUGCUCUACAGAUUAUAUUUGUAUAUGUAAAUAACACGCAUUUUUAUAAUUUUCUUUUAAGAACUUUAUGAAGAAGUAUAUGAAUAAACAUUGCAUAUUCCUCAGAGUGGAUUGCUAAAUUUUUAAUAAAUGCUUAAGAGUGAUUUUUGGAAAAAAAAUGUGAGACUUUUCUUUUCAACUAUUUUUAAUCCAUUUAAAAAAUGCAUUAAGUACAGCAAUGGGAAGAAUAUUCCCACAAACAAACGACAGAAAAUAACUACUGCUAAAUAUUGAUAUAAAAGGCAUGUAUCUCAUUGGUUAUUAUGCUAAAUUGUUUUUUCUUCAAAUAUAUCUAUGUUAUACAAGAUAAAUAUCAUCCAUGGAGAAUGCGUUUUAGCAUAAAACUAUAAAAGUACUUACCGCAGUGAAUAAAUAAGAACUUGCUAUAUUUCUGUUUAAAAAAUAUGAGCUUGCUAUAGCACAUUUAACGAAUAGUAAUGGGAGUUUAGAUUAUUAGAAAAAAGGAGCUUCAUUUAUAUAUAUAUAUAUAUAUUAUACAACUGCUUUGUUAGAGUGAGAAUUAAUUUCUGAGGAUAUGAAAUGUUAUAUCAUUUUUCUUCAGUCAGUCCACUUGUAUAUAGAACUUACAGCGUUGUAUAUAUACUUCUGUUUACUUAUAGAAUUGUGUUUAACUGAUAAUGGCUUUAUUUUAGUUUUGUUAUUAACUGAUGUUGUGUAUUGAUAAUUUCUGUUAUGUGAAGGUUGUGCCCAUGUUGUUAUAAUUUCAUGGUCUACCUUCUUUGUUACAUUCUGUUUUUUCUGUGAUAUUAUAGAAUGAAAAAUAUUGUUUGGUAUGGAAAGGUAUCCCUACCUCUAAAUUCUAAUUUCAGUAAAUUUGUUUAUAGGGAAACUGUAUGUAUAAUUUUACUUGACGAUGAAACGCUACAUGUGUAUUGAAGUUAUAUAAUAAAGUUAAUUUUAAUGA